AUGAGUACGUAUUCUUCUUGUGCUCCCACACUGUCCAGCCUGGACGGUGGCCGAGUGCGAUGCGGCACCCUCCCAGACGCCUCUCGAGUCUCGAGCCUUGACCACUCACCAGCGAGAGUCCCGCUAGCCACCACCACCACCCCCCCGACUCUCGCCCUCCUGUCCUGUCUUUCCCUGGCCGGAUCCAUGAUCCCGGUCCUUGUCCCGGUUGCCGCACCCUUGCCCGCGACUCCUGGGGGGGGGGGGGGGGGGGGGGUGUCCACCUCCAAGGCCAUCCGUUUCCGCGUCCCGUCUACUAUGUACGGAUCACAACCAGUCAUUUCACCCGGGUCCUGCCACUGGGCGAACUCCUCCGCGAACAAUCGUGAUCGUUGCCCGCCGCCCGCCGCCCGUUGCAACUCGCAACUCGCAACUCGCCCUCUGAAGUGCCGCCGCCCCCUCGGUGUUGAAUCCUGCUUGGCGAGCGCCCAUCCUCUCGUCUUCCCUCGCUUACCACCCUUCGCGUCCAACAAGAAAGCCCACAACGUCCAAAAAAGGACCCAAGGGCCCAAUUUCUCUUCCCCAUCCAUCACAUUGUCCGACGUGGGGCCUGAUCCCGGUCUCCCCUCGACAAGACAAGACAAGCCAACAAUGCACCUGGUGUUUUGCGGAUGCCGCGUCCCUGAUCCUCGCCCGCCCUCGCCCUCGCCCUCGCCCUCGUCCGCACCCUCUCCCUCUCCUUCUCUUCUUUCCCUCCCCUCUCACGCUCGACGUACGGGCUGAGCGAGCGAACAGGGAAUCCGAACCCCAGCGUGCACUCUUCUGGCGCCGCAAGUCGACGCUGCAAUUGCGUAUUGGCCCUGCUCGCUUGCCAACUGCUUCAUAUACAUACGUGCCAGUGAUCCCUCGCCCCGCCGC